CCCAGCUAGAGCUUGUGUAUCUGCGUUCUCCGCGGGUCUGAUCCUCGCCGGGGAGGGCGGGCGUCGUGAGCUCGCGGAUCGGCGCGGUUGAGGGGGUAGGCGCUCCGACCGGCGGUCCUCACCUUCCUUCCGGCCUCUCCGCCGGCUAUCCGCCUCUGAGACGCGGGGGAGCGGUGGCGGCCCCCCGGACUCGGCCCGGGACAACUAGGAUCGUCCUCACUCCGGGCUGGAUGGGAGGCGGCGGGAGGAGCGGCCUGGGAUGUUCAGUCUGAUGGCCACUUGCUGCAACUGGUUCAAGCGGUGGCGGGAGCCUGUCAGAAAGGUGACUCUUGUGAUGGUGGGACUUGAUAAUGCUGGCAAAACGGCAACGGCAAAGGGAAUCCAAGGAGAGCACCCUGAAGAUGUAGCUCCUACUGUUGGGUUUUCCAAAAUCGACCUUAGACAAGGAAAGUUUGAAGUUACCAUCUUUGAUUUGGGAGGUGGAAAAAGAAUUCGAGGAAUCUGGAAGAAUUACUAUGCUGAAUCCUACGGAGUUAUAUUUGUCGUGGAUUCUAGUGACGAAGAGAGAAUGGAGGAGACAAAAGAGACAAUGUCAGAAGUGUUGAGACAUCCGCGGAUUUCUGGCAAGCCUAUACUGGUGUUGGCAAACAAACAAGAUAAGGAAGGAGCUUUAGGAGAAGCUGAUGUGAUUGAAUGUCUAUCUCUAGAAAAAUUGGUCAAUGAACACAAGUGCCUAUGUCAAAUAGAACCUUGUUCAGCAGUCUUGGGAUAUGGAAAGAAAAUUGACAAGUCCAUUAAAAAAGGCCUGUAUUGGCUGUUACAUAUCAUUGCAAGAGACUUUGAUGCCCUAAAUGAACGCAUCCAAAAAGACACAACAGAACAACGUGCUCUUGAGGAACAAGAGAAAAGAGAAAGGGCUGAACGUGUGCGAAAAUUACGGGAAGAAAGAGAGCAAAGAGAGCGAGAGCAGGCCGAACUUGAUGGAACUGGUGGUUUGGCUGAGCUGGACCCAGAACCUGUUAUUGUUAAUCCUUUCCAGCCCAUUGCAUCUGUAAUCAUUGAGAAUGAAAAAAAGCUUGAAAAAGAAAAAAAGAAGCAAAGUAAGGAUAAAGACUGUGAUGGCUGUCCUCAGAGACACAGUGAGGAACACGAACAAAUGGAGACUCAGAGCCAGAUCAGUGAUAGUAGCCAAAAAAACAAUGAGCUUGGAAUAGUGGAAAAUUACAAGGAGGCCUUAACACAACAGCUGGAGAAUGAAGAUGAGACAGACCAGAGAUCAUCAGAAUCAGAUAAUAGUAAAAAGAAAACUAAGAAGCUAAGAAUAAAAAGGAGUCACCGGGUGGAACCAGUGAAUACUGAUGACUCUACUCCAAAAAGUCCAACACCACCUCCACCUCCUCCUCCGGUUGGCUGGGGAACCCCCAAAGUCACUAGACUUCCAAAACUUGAGCCUCUUGGUGAAACACGUCAUAAUGAUUUCUAUGGGAAGCCACUGCCGCCUCUGGCCAUGCGACACAGACCUAACAGUGAUGCCCAUGAUGUGAUCUCAUAACACAGGAUGAAGUGGAGGACCUUCUUUCUCAAAGAAAAACUGAACUUUGAUAACAGGAAAAUGGAUUUUGCUGGGCAAAUGAUUUCCAUGCAGAGAUUACUAGCCAAAGAACUGAUUGAUCUAAUAAUUCCUUACUUACAUUUUUUGUGACUUAUAAAAAAAAAAGAAGAAGAAAAAGAAAUAAAAUGCCAGCAGAUGAAAUAAGCAUUUGAAUCAAGUAAGGAAGAUUUUGUGUUGAUUCUGGUUUUUUCAUCUGUGCACAUGGGUAUAGACUUGAAGGAAGACAUCUUCAGAAAAAGAGCCAAUGGACUCCGCACAUUCUUUACUUUUUGUUUAAUAGUCUAUUUCUGUAUCUUAAACAUGUUUUGUAAGACACAUGUGUAUGGAGGAGAACUCUUGGGAAUUUAUAACUUAAAUUUUUAACUUUUUAUAUUUUUCUAAAAAUUUAGUUUUAAGAAUUUAAUUACUUUGGUAUUGACUGCACUUUUCUAUAAUGCUUUAUUUACACUGUGUUAGAAAAAUGGAGUUGAUUUACUUGACAAACAUGAACUGUAUACACAAGACAUAUUAAUAUGUCUUGAGCUAUGUUUCAUAAUAGUUUGAAGUGUACAUCCCAAUUUGACCUGCUUUCAAAGUAACACCUUUUAAAAAAUAGAUUAUCACAUCUUUAUUCUACAAAUUAUGUUUGGAAACACUACCCAAGAAGAGUGUUCAGUUAUUUGGCUGUUUCUUUGCUGAUAAUCUAAAUAAAUGAAGGAAGUAUGAAAUACUUUUGACCUAAAUUUUUUAAAAUUAGAACUAUUAUGUGAGAAUAUUAUAAGUCCCAGUAAACACCUAUGUUAAGAUAUACACUUUCAGAGAUCAAGAUGUGCUCCUUCUAACUACCGUGUUUUAUCAGAAGCUAGUGACUCUUAGGUUAUUCUAAUUUUUUCAUGCCUUGAAAUUAAAGGGAAAAUUGAAAAGCUGCUGUAGGUCCAGAGACUUGUUCUUUACAACCUAAAAACACUAAAGCAAUAAGAAUAAAAAUGCUAGCUUAAAUUACUUUUAUAAGUAAUAAUUCCAGAGUAAUUUUUCAAUUUAAAAUAAUGGCACUUUUCUUGCACUUAAGAGUAGUAUCUAUAGAAUUUUCUUUUUGGCAUUUAGAUAAACUUUUAGAUGCAUAUUUUAAAUAAUAGAUUCAUAAUAUUAUAUUUAAUUGAAAAUAUACAUCAAUAUCAAGACUAAAGAGCAUAAUUCUUUCAUCAAUUUUACCUUGUUAAAAUUGGCCAGGUUGAUAACUUAAACUAACAGUAGACUGGUAUCUGAUAUUAAUAUGUAAUUAUUUCUAAGGCAAAUUUGUAUGAUUAUUUAUAAUGUGUCAGAACAUCACAUUUUGUUCACGUUUAAAUACCUUAAAUUUUCAUUAAUCAGGCGACGUACUACUCUAGUCAGCAUCAUAUAUAUAUACAUAAUUUCUUAAGAGUUUUAUUCAUGGGACCUGCGUGGUGCACUCAAUAAAAAAGCUUUAUAUCUACUUCAGGUAUAAAAUCCCUAACAACUUAAAUAUGAUAGGAUACUGAAAUAUUAGGAAAAGCAAAACAGGAAGACAGGAUUUAGACUUAGCAUUGAUUUUAGAGAAGAGAGUUUCUUUGUUUUGGUUCAUUUUAUAACAUCUACACUUGUUUAUUUUUUAAAAAGUACU